AUGGGACAUAAGAAGACCCGCCGCGGCUCUACAAGCUCCUCACAUAGGGACCGAGAGCGGGACCGGGAACGCGAGCGCGAGCACGAACACAGUCGCGAACGAGACUACCCCGCGAAGGAGCCAAGGCGGAAGACGAAAGAUACGUCGGAUACAUCUAGCAUCCUGACGCUCGUCCUCGCCGAGGAGGAACGCCAGGCACACCAUUUGAAGGCAGUCUUGCGCAAUACAGGCGAGCGGCUCGACUACGAGAUGCGGCGCGCAGACCAGGCGGAGCUGCGGGCGCGGACGGCAGAGGGCCACUCGCGGGAAGUCGCCCUGCGCAUCGCGACUGCGGAAAACGGCCGGCAUCAGGCUGAGCUGGAGACAGCACGCGUCCGCGAGGAGACAAAGAGGUUUCAGCUUCUCGCCGAGGCGUCGGAACGCGAGCUGCGGCGGGUGGAAGCUGACAUGCAACGACUCGAGCGCAUGCGGAAGGAAGCAGAGCAGAAUGCAGCCGAUUCGCGCGAUCUCGCGCGUAAAGCACAGCAGGCGCUGCGCGAGCAUCAAGCGAGGGAGGAGGGGCGAGAGGAGGGCCGUAUGCUAGAGAUGCGGCAAGGCUUCGAGACUGGCCGCUCUGAGGGCUAUGCUUCAGGUCGCACGGAGGGUUACAAUGCCGGCCGGUUGGUCGGGUUCGAGGAAGGGCGAAAAGUUGGGUGGUCUGAAGGGUAUGCAGACGGUCUUAAGCAGGGCCGGAGAGAAGAACGUGUGCAUGCGAUCGAAGCGUUCGACAAGUUCAUGGAUUCGGAAGAGCGUCGCCAGAGUGUGCUCACGGUCACCACGACUACAGUGCGAGCUAGCCCGAUGAAGGUAGCGCUUUUGGGAGGUAUGCGGCGCAACGUCGGCGCACGUCGCAAGGGCGCAAAGGCACUGCCUCGUCUGCCGCUCUCCGCAUUUACCCCACCCAACACUGGAUCGUCCGAGGCGUUCCCGCUGCCCCCCAGCCCAAGCACACUGCAGCCAGAAGAGCUUGUCGACGCGUACGUGAUCGCCCCGGAUGGCGACUUGAGCGAGUGGAAGGCGCAAGCGGGCGAGACCCUGCGCCGCAAGACCAAGGGCGUCGUGCUGGCUCUCCCCCAAAAGGAGCCGGCUGAAGUCGAGAAGAUCCUGGCAAAUAUUCGAUCAGGAUCACUCGAUGUCCCUGUCGUAGCUGUGCUUGUGCCCGUCAUUCCCGCGGAGGGCGAGGCGACGUUCACGCCCCCCGCCUACCUCGAGUCGCCUGGCAGCUCGACGCCUGCGCUCGUCCCCUCUGCCAUCUUCACGAAGAACGAGCCGCGGGUCCGGGAGGCACUGCAAUGGGCGCUGAAGACUGGACACACUGUCCACAUAGAUGUCCAAUGUGAUAUACGAGAGGUCGAGGGCGGCUGGGACGCACUGGAAGAGAUGCUGACGAGCAUGACCAUCUCCAAGGACGUCAAGGAGCUCCAUGGAAAGAUUGUCGUGUCGAAUAUCCUGCCGCCUCCGGACGACCUUGCUCUGCCGAUCGUGAAGCUGCUGACGCACCCGUCGUAUCGCAACUACCAGUCACACGCGGCAGCACUGUCGCUGUUCGGGAACGUGUGGGUGAACCUGCUCCCUCCUGCGUGGGGUGCGCCCGUCCCGUCCGCGUCGCAGAAGGAGCGCAACGAGUGGAAGCGCAGGCUCAAGAUGUACAGUGCGUAA